AUGACUGAAGUGCAGUUGCAAGAAUUUAAGCUAGAUCCUGAUUCCGAACUGCGGUUUGAAGUCGAAUCGAAAAACGAAAAAGUGGUUUUAGAAGUUAAAAGUGGAUAUGCUGAAUUGUUUGGUACUGAGCUUGUGAAAGGGAAACCGUAUGAGUUUCAUACCGGUGCAAAAGUUGCAGUAUUCACGUGGCAUGGCUGCACUGUGGAGCUCAGGGGACGCACUGAAGUCAGUUAUGUUGCUAAGGAGACUCCUAUGGUUGUUUAUCUAAAUGUACAUGCAGCACUGGAACAACAAAGAGUAGCCGCAGAACAAGAAGGCACCAGGGGUCCAGUUACUAUGGUGGUGGGCCCCGGUGAUGUGGGGAAGUCCACCUUGACUCGAUUACUUCUCAAUUAUGCUGUCAGGAUGGGCCGAAGACCGAUAUUUGUAGACUUAGACGUUGGUCAGGGGCACAUUAGUAUUCCUGGAACAAUAGGUGCUACAUUGGUGGAGAGGCCGGCUUCAAUUGAAGAGGGCUUCAGUCAACAGGCACCACUUGUUUACCACUUUGGUCACAAAGCACCCGGUGAAAACCUGGAGUUAUACAACACAAUUGUCACCAGGCUGGCGGAAGUUGUCACAGAGAGAUGUGAGAACAAUAAAAAAGCAUCAACAUCAGGAGUGAUAAUCAACACAUGUGGCUGGAUCAAGGGUGCGGGUUACAAAGUAUUGACACAUGCCGCGCAAGCAUUUGAGGUUGACGUGAUAUUAGUUUUAGAUAAUGAAAGACUGUUUAUUGAACUCAAAAGGGACAUGCCAAAGUUUGUGAAAGUUGUAUAUCUACCUAAAAGUGGAGGGGUAGUGGAGCGAUCGUCUACACAACGCGCCGAGGCAAGGGAUGCGCGCAUACGGGAAUACUUCUACGGCAAACGGACGCCAUACUACCCGCACUCGUUCGAUGUCAAGUUUUCAGACUUGAAGAUAUAUAAGGUAGGGGCGCCGUCGUUGCCGGACUCGUGCCUGCCGCUGGGCAUGCGCGCGCAGGAGGCGCUGACCCGCGUGGUGGCCGCGCUGCCUUCCCUCUCGCUCGCACACCGCGUGCUGGCGGUCUCUUUCGCGGCGGCGCCUGAUGACGACGUGCUGCAUACCAACCUCGCUGGAUUCGUGUGUGUUACCGCAGUGGACAUGGAAAGACAGAUCCUUACCAUCCUCUCACCGCAACCGCGACCUCUGCCCAACACUGUACUCUUAUUAUCAGAACUACAAUACAUGGACAACCAUUAG